GAAAAUGUUCCAAAAGAGGUUCGACAGACGCUCAAAUAAUUUGCCCAUAACUCCCAGCCAGCAGACGUACUGGCAGGUAGAGCAACGAUCCCAGCUCCCACAAGUCCUGGACAAAUCCUCCCAAGGAUUGUAACCGUACUUCAAGAGUUCUUACGAUAGCAGAUAUGAAGGCGGCAGAGGAUUUCAAGUUCCAUGUAUAACACAUUUGUAAAAACCUUUAUGCUGAAAAUGGAGAAUGUAACAUUUGAGAAUGCUGGAGCCAACAACUCAAACUUAACUGUUGGAGUGACAAUGACCAGCCCUUAUAAGACUGUUGAGAUCAUCUUCAUAGCUGUUGUGACUGGAUCCCUUAGCUUGGUCACAGUGGUGGGCAACAUAUUAGUCAUGUUAUCCAUCAAAGUUAAUCGCCAAUUGCAGACUGUUAACAAUUACUUCUUAUUCAGCUUGGCAUGCGCUGAUCUGAUCAUUGGAGUCUUUUCCAUGAACUUGUACACUGUCUACAUUAUUAAAGGCUAUUGGCCUCUGGGAGCUGUAGUCUGUGACUUGUGGCUAGCAUUGGACUACGUUGUGAGCAAUGCUUCUGUUAUGAACCUUCUGAUUAUCAGUUUCGAUCGAUACUUCUGUGUCACGAAGCCACUGACCUAUCCGGCUCGAAGGACCAACAAGCUGGCUGGGCUGAUGAUAGCUGCAGCUUGGAUACUCUCCUUCAUCUUGUGGGCUCCAGCCAUCCUCUUUUGGCAGUUCAUUGUCGGCGGGCGUAAGGUGAAAAAAGGACAAUGCUACAUUCAAUUCUUCUCCAACCCUGUUGUGACAUUUGGCACAGCCAUUGCAGCGUUCUACCUGCCGGUUGUCAUCAUGACUGUUUUGUACGUCCAAGUCUCCUUUGCCAGCAGGAGUAGAAUGAAAAGUCACAGGACAGACAGUCAGAAAGAGAAUACUUCUCGAUCUUCCAACUUUUUCAAGAGUCACUUCAGCAAGCAACAGAAUAACAACAACUCUCCCAAGCCAGCAACGGACUCCUCCAGUGAGACGGUGAGGAAUGGAAAGGUAGAGGAAAAGCCCUCCAUGAAACAGGUGUCUCUAAGCCAUCGCGAGGAGAAGGAGACCUCCAAUGAGUCCAGUUCAGCCAGCACUGUCCUCCCCAGUCUCAAAGAGAAAUGCACCAGUGAUGUCAUACAGCACGCACAAGCUCCAAAGCUGUCCAAAAUGCAGAGCUCCAAAUGGUCAAGGAUCAAGAUAGUCACCAGACGAACUGGCAAUGAAUGUGUCACCGCCAUCGAGAUCAUGCCUGGAAAUGCAACCAACAACACAGCAGCCAACAAGCCUGGCAUUGUCGCCAGGAAAUUCGCUAACAUUGCGAGAAGCCAAGUGCGAAAGAGACGCCAAGUGGCUGCUAGGGAGAAAAAGGUUACGCGGACAAUCUUUGCAAUCCUUCUGGCAUUUAUAUUCACCUGGACUCCUUACAAUGUCAUGGUUCUUAUCAGCACCUUCUGUGAUGACUGUGUCCCUGAGACUGUUUGGGUCAUUGGGUACUGGCUGUGCUAUAUCAACAGCACUGUCAAUCCAGCAUGUUAUGCCCUCUGCAACAUUACCUUUAAGAAGACUUUCAAACAUUUGUUAUUGUGCAAAUACAAGAACAUUGGCAAUGCAAGAUAAAGUGAACGCCAGAAUCUGGUCUGCAAUGUGUGUUGCUGCAGACUUAAAGAUGUAAAUAUUCCAAAGCGGUAUUUCUAGAGAUGCCAGAUUUACACUGUGCUUGUAUUUUCAGUAUAACAUUCUUCUGUUUCCCUUCCUGAAGUAGAGCAUGUACAUACCAUAUAAGCAAAGAGAUGACAAUGUGAAAAAGAAAUCAUAACUCAUCUUAAUAUUGUGCAGGUGCUAGUGGUAGACCAAGUCAGAAAUGUGCUUUUCCUUGUGUCCAGCUUCAGCUCAGCGACUCCAAUUGUGCCAGGAUACAAAAGCUUGAUAUGUUGAGAGAUCUACUGAACUACUGUUACAAAAUCUUAAGUAAAAUUGUAAGAUAUCUAGACAACUGUGACAUGGCUGAGUGAAUGCUGUGACUGACUUUCAAUGGUUGAUAUCAAAAAUCCCAAGAAUGGUUUUUUGACAUCACCUACACCCCAACAUUGAAUUACAGCCCUUCCCUCACCCUUGGCCAUUUAUACAAUGUAAUGUGAUCUUGGCAAAGCGAACAAGCCCAUAUGAAAGUUAAUAUUUGUACUGGCAGGGUCUGGUGAGUAGAUACAAUGAGGCUGUCACUGUCGAAUGUUACAGAAAGGUACAAUAUCGGUACGAUAUAACAUUUAUUUAUAAUGGAAUUAUUUAACAAAAGAGCAGAUAAGGUCAGGGCAUAUAUUAA